AUGUCUGGUGUUAUUCACCUUUGGAACGUGCCACCUAUCACUCUUAAUGAAGGUUCUUCCUCGAUUGAAACCAUUCAAGCACUCACUACUGCCUGGCUGUUGCAUAAUCAACAUCUUCCUGAUCAGACCCCUAGUGAGUUCACGGUACAAGAGCUACAAUGGCUAUGCUUGUGGACGCCUACACUGCAGCAACCAGAGCCGCACGAGACGAGCAAGUCACAGAAAAAUCAUUCAUUGCGUUGCAUUCUGAUAGCGGGAGGAGAAGAUGGUAUGGUGACGAUCUGGCCCAUAUCCACGCCUUUUGGCGACCAGCCUGGCGGCAUGACGAGAAGUUCUAGAAAGCCUGGGCCUAAAUACCUUCACGGUAUCGGCUAUUUUGGCCAGUGUGGUGGUGCUGUGAUUUCUUAA